GAAUAGACAUUUAACUAUGGUUUUUUCACUCAUUUUUGAAAUAUUUGAAGAAUACCAAAAAGUGGGAUUUUUUUUCCGCUUCAUUAGCAUCAUAGGGAUAUUUUCACUUUUUUCAGCUAUUUUGUCAGUAAAAAGGCUUGUUUUUGAAAUUUUCUUUUCAAAAGGAAUUGAUGUAAAAACAUUUCAAACAAGGUCUGGGGCUUGGGCAAUUAUUACUGGUGCAUCAGAAGGAAUUGGUCGCGAAUUUUCCCUUCAACUCUCAAGAUAUUACUUCAAUGUAGUUCUUAUUGCAAGAUCAAAAGAUAAACUUGAAGCUUUGUCGAAAGAAAUAGAAAGUCUCUAUUCAGUAAAGACUAUUGUUCAUAUCAUGGAUUUUUCUACAGCAAAUGCUAGAGAGUAUGAGGUCUUAAAAGAAAUUAUUGAGGAUUUAGAUAUCAAGAUUUUGGUAAAUAAUGUCGGGCUAUCACAUACAAUGCCAACGCCGUUUUCAUUAACUACUCCAAAAGAAAUUCAAGAUAUUACAACAAUUAAUUGUAUUGCAACACUUAAAGUAACAAAUCUUGUUAUUCCUGGAAUGAUUAGAAGAAAAAGCGGACUUAUAUUAACAAUGGGGUCUUUUAGUGGAAUAAUGCCUACUCCUCUUUUAGCAACAUAUUCAGGAAGUAAAGCGUUUUUAAUAACAUGGAGUCAAGCAUUGGCGGAAGAGUUGAAACAUGAUGGCAUUACUGUUCAAAUAAUUAAUUCAUAUUUUGUUGUUUCGUCUAUGUCAAAAAUAAAAAAAUCAUCUUUUUUUAUCCCGACUCCUAAACAAUUUGUAAAUUCAGUACUUAAUUCUAUCGGUUUACAAAGAGGAGCCGCAACUCCUUAUACCAUGACGCCAUAUCCUUCUCAUUCUAUUUUAAAUUGGCUUUUGGAAAAUGUGGCCUUCAAAUUAAGUCGUUCACUUGUUCUUAAACAAAAUUUUAAAGAACUUCAAAAGAUUCGAAGAAAAGCAUUGCAAAAACUAAAUACUAGUAGCGAAUGA